AUGUCGCAGCCUUCCGAGCAGCCUCACCUUUCGCCUCAGUUCUGCUUCUCCUUUGGUGCGGUUCGUGACUUCUUGCGACUGUCUCGAGCUUCAAUAGACGACUCCAUUACUCAGAACCUCAAUGCGCUGGUAACGCCGGCGCGGAAGGGGUUCGAUCCGAAUUCAACAUCAAGGCGCACCCCAAGAUCGUUUACCGAGCAAAUCGACCCCGAAGCAUGUCAGAAUUUCAAAGACAACGUCCUGUUCCCCUCGUGGAAGGCCAGAGCCGAUGUGCUUAGCUAUUGUGGCAUCGUCGCAACCAGUCCGGAUCCCUCGGACCCGGAGUCUGCCGUGAUAGCAUUGGAGACUCAGAAGAAUCGAGAGCGCAUCGUGGACGAACGGCUCGAUCCUUAUUCCGGACGGUUCUUCCCUCACGAACCCCGCACCCAGUCCCUGGCCCAACUCAUGCGCCAGGAACGAGCCGUGGAGAAUAUCGUGCGCAGCAGAACCUGGGACGUCGUCCAAGGCAGAUGCGGUGCUUCCGGGCAGGGCUGGCAGGAUGCUAUGGGCGAUUGGGAGGCGAAGAAGUACAAGUGA